AUGAAGGUGACCGCUGUGAUGAAGGUGAGCGCUGUGAUGAUGAAGCUGAGCGCUGUGAUGAUGAAGGGCAGAAUGGGCGUGUCCCCGCUGCUCCUGCUCUGCAGUGUGGCCCUCUGGGCCCUCAGCACAGCCCAGACCACCCCCCCUCCCACAGUGGCCCCCCCAGUGCCGCCCCCAGUGGCCCCCCCAGUUCAGACCACCCCCUCAGACCCACCCGUAACCCCGCCCCAAACCCCGCCCCCUACCACUGCUAGCCCGGAGCCGGAGCCAGACGGGAACGGAACCACAGCUGAGCCGGUGGUUACCGUGGAGACGACUGCCUGGCCCACUGACGAGGCCACGCCUGACCCAGAGCUAGAGGUCACCACGGAGACGCUCCCGCCUCCCAUUACGCCUCCAGGUGGCGGUGAAGAUGACACCCCCAUCAUUGCGGUGACUGUGGCCCUCUCCUCCCUCCUCGUCAUCAUCUUCAUCAUCAUCGUUCUCUACAUGCUCAGGUUUAAGAAAUACAAGCAGGCCGGGAGCCACUCCAACUCCUUCAGACUGACCAAUGGCAGAGCCGACGACACAGAGCUGCAGAGUGUGCCGCUAUUGGCCCGCUCGCCCAGCACAAACAGGAAGUACCCGCCCCUUCAUGUGGACAAGCUGGAGGAGGAGAUGAACCGUCGCAUGGCGGACGACAAUAAGCUCUUCCGGGAGGAAUUUAAUGCGUUGCCAGUGUGUCCCAUUCAGGCCUCCUGUGACGCUGCCUCUAAGGAGGAGAACAAAGAGAAAAAUCGCUACGUCAAUAUUCUGCCCUAUGAUCAUUCCAGAUUGCACCUGAGUUUGCUGGAGGGAGUUCCAGACUCCGACUUCAUCAACGCCUCCUUCAUAAACGGGUAUCAGGAGAAGAACAAGUUCAUUGCUGCCCAGGGGCCAAAAGAGGAGACGGUGAAUGACUUCUGGAGGAUGAUCUGGGAGCAAAACACGGCCACCAUCGUCAUGGUGACUAAUCUGAAGGAGCGGAAAGAGUGCAAGUGUGCCCAGUACUGGCCGGACCAGGGCUGCUGGACCUACGGGAACGUCCGUGUGUCGGUGGAGGACGUGAUGGUGCUGGUGGACUACACCAUACGCAAGUUCUGCAUUCAACAGGUGGGUGACGUCUCGGGGAAGAAGCCCCAGCGUCUGGUGACCCAGUUCCACUUCACCAGCUGGCCAGACUUCGGGGUCCCCUUCACCCCCAUCGGCAUGCUCAAGUUCCUCAAGAAGGUCAAGAACUGCAACCCACAGUACGCCGGGGCCAUUGUGGUGCACUGCAGUGCGGGCGUCGGGCGGACGGGCACGUUCAUCGUGAUCGACGCCAUGUUGGACAUGAUGGGGGCGGAGAGGAAGGUGGACGUCUUCGGCUUCGUGACGCGGAUCCGAGCCCAGCGCUGCCAGAUGGUCCAAACAGACAUGCAGUACGUGUUCAUCUUCCAGGCGUUGCUGGAGCACUACCUGUAUGGGGACACGGAGCUGGAGGUCACGUCCCUGGAGUCCCACCUGGCCAAGCUCUACGCCCCCUCACCUGCCAACGGCUGCGGAGGCCUGGAGGCCGAGUUCAAGAAGCUGACCGCCAUAAAAAUCCAGAAUGACAAAAUGAGGACAGGCAACCUUCCAGCCAACAUGAAGAAGAACCGAGUCCUACAAAUCAUUCCAUAUGAGUUCAACAGAGUGAUCAUCCCUGUGAAGAGGGGUGAGGAGAACACGGACUACGUCAACGCCUCCUUCAUCGACGGGUACCGUCAGAAGGACUCGUACAUGGCCAGCCAGGGCCCCCUGCAGCACACCAUCGAGGACUUCUGGAGGAUGAUCUGGGAGUGGAGGAGCUGCUCCAUCGUCAUGCUCACCGAGCUGGAGGAGAGAGGACAGGAGAAGUGUGCCCUGUACUGGCCCAGCGAUGGGGUGGUUGCCCACGGCGACAUCUCCAUCGAGCUCAAGAGGGAGGAGGAGAGCGAGAGCUACACCAUCAGAGACCUGCUGGUCACCAACAACAGAGAGAAUAAGUCACGUUUGGUCAGGCAGUUCCAUUUCCACGGCUGGCCUGAGGUGGGCAUCCCGACGGACGGUAAGGGCAUGAUCAACAUCAUCGCCGCCGUGCAAAAGCAGCAGCAGCAGUCCGGUAACCACCCAAUCACAGUGCACUGCAGUGCGGGUGCAGGCCGGACCGGAACCUUCUGUGCUCUGAGCACGGUCCUGGAGCGAGUGAAGGCCGAGGGCAUCCUGGACGUGUUCCAGACCGUCAAGAGCCUGAGGCUGCAGAGGCCACACAUGGUGCAGACACUGGAGCAGUAUGAGUUCUGCUAUAAAGUGGUCCAGGAGUAUAUCGAUGCCUUUUCUGACUACGCCAACUUCAAGUAGGCAUGGGGACACAGGGGACUGAGGCCUGUCGCUGGUUGGUUCCGUGGACUGAUAGAGAAAAAAGGAAACAAGAGAACGGACGGACGGACGGACGGAUGGACACGGGCGGAGAGAACCGGAGAGAACCGGAGAGAACCCAACCAGAUGGGGGA